AGGUAUUCCUGAAGCUGCAACUGAAGGUAUAAUCUGAGCAACAUCAAGUUCCAGAGAGACUCAAAGAGGCAAUUACUUCCACACCGUGAGACUCCUGAGAGAGCGGUGGAGCCAUGCUGAGAGGCCUGUUUCACAGGAGACCCAAACAUGAGAGACUGGAGGAGGAACCUGAGGUCAGAUUCAAAGGCUUGCUGGUGUCAGAGAGAGACCUGGGAUACUCGUAUGUCCGACCUGGAGGCUCCGACUACUCUCCCCCUCCCCCCCUUCCUCGCCCUCCUCCCCCCGGCCUGACCAACGAGCACAGUGGCGGUGGCAGCCACGGCGACCAUGGUGGAGGAGGGGGCGGGGUCAACCACGGGGUGGGCGUGGUGGGCCUAGCCCCGGAGCACAUCGCCACACCGGGGGCGGCCCUAAGCUGGCAGGCGGCCAUCGACGCCGCAAGGCAGGCGAAGUUGAUGGGCAACGCCGCAUCGGGCGGAGGGGCGGGGCUCGGGUCAGGAGGGGGCGGGCCCAUCUCCACGGCCAGCUCCACGCAAAGGAAGAGACAACACUAUAGCUCUAAGCCCAAGAAACAGACAACGACGACAGCCACAAGACCGCCACGGGCCCUACUCUGUCUCACACUCAAGAACCCUAUCCGCAGGGCCUGCAUCAGCAUCGUAGAGUGGAAACCAUUUGAGAUCAUCAUCCUGAUGACCAUUUUCGCCAACUGUGUGGCCUUAGCCGUCUACAUCCCCUUCCCUGAGGAUGACUCAAACGCCACCAACUCCAACCUGGAGCGUGUGGAGUAUCUGUUCCUCAUCAUUUUCACGGUGGAGGCAUUCUUGAAGGUAAUAGCCUACGGCCUGCUCUUCCACCCCAACGCCUACCUGAGGAACGGCUGGAAUCUGCUGGACUUCAUCAUCGUAGUCGUAGGGUUAUUCAGCGCGAUCCUGGAGCAGGCCACCAAGGGGGACGGGGCCACUCCUAUUGGAGGGAAGGCGGCGGGCUUCGAUGUCAAGGCUCUGAGGGCAUUCAGAGUACUCAGACCCCUCAGACUGGUCUCUGGAGUACCCAGUUUACAGGUAGUGUUGAACUCCAUAAUCAAAGCCAUGGUUCCUCUGCUCCAUAUCGCCCUGCUGGUCCUCUUCGUCAUCAUCAUCUAUGCCAUCAUCGGCCUGGAGCUCUUCAUGGGCAAGAUGCACAAGACCUGCACUCACAAGCACACAGGCGCCAUUGUGGGAGACAAGCCGGCACCGUGUGCACCAGACUUAGCUUACGGUCGACACUGUAACCAAAAUGAAACAGAGUGCAGAAUGGGAUGGGAGGGCCCAAACGACGGCAUCACCAACUUUGACAACUUUGCCUUCGCCAUGUUGACCGUGUUCCAGUGUAUAACCAUGGAGGGCUGGACGGACGUGCUGUACUGGAUGCAGGAUGCUAUGGGCUAUGAGCUGCCAUGGGUCUAUUUUGUCUCUCUCGUCAUCUUCGGCUCCUUUUUCGUUCUCAAUCUCGUUCUGGGGGUGUUGAGCGGAGAGUUUUCCAAGGAAAGAGAGAAGGCCAAGGCACGUGGUGACUUCCAGAAACUCAGAGAAAAACAGCAACUGGAGGAGGACCUCAAGGGCUAUUUAGACUGGAUCACUCAGGCUGAAGACAUCGACCCAGAGAAUGAAGAGGAGGGCUUGGAUGAUGACAAACCUAGAAACCUGAGCAUGCCAGCCAGCGAAAAUGAAUCAGUCAACACAGACAAUGCCCCCGGGGGAGACGUGGAGGGGGAGACCUGCUGUACCCGGCUAGCAAAUAGGAUCUCCAAAUCCAAGUUCAGUCGAUACUCUCGGAGGUGGAACAGGCUGUGUAGGAGGAAGUGCCGGGCGGCGGUCAAAUCGCAGGUUUUCUAUUGGCUGGUCAUCUUCCUGGUUUUCCUCAACACCCUGACCAUCGCCUCUGAACAUCACAAGCAGCCUCAGUGGUUAACUGAUGUACAAGACAUAGCCAACAAGGUGUUGCUAGCACUCUUCACUGGUGAAAUGUUGUUGAAGAUGUACAGUCUGGGUUUGCAGGCGUACUUUGUCUCGCUCUUCAAUCGCUUCGACAGCUUUGUUGUAUGUGGAGGAAUCCUUGAGACCAUUCUGGUGGAAACCAAAAUCAUGUCUCCACUUGGCAUCUCUGUGUUACGUUGUGUACGUUUGCUGCGAAUCUUCAAAAUAACCAGAUACUGGAACUCCCUGUCCAACCUGGUGGCCUCCCUGCUCAACUCUGUUCGCUCCAUCGCUUCCCUGUUGCUGCUGCUCUUCCUCUUCAUCAUCAUCUUCUCCCUGCUCGGCAUGCAGCUCUUCGGAGGGAAAUUCAACUUCGACGAGACCCGACGCAGCACCUUUGACAACUUUCCCCAGUCUCUGCUCACUGUGUUUCAGAUCCUAACAGGAGAGGACUGGAACUCUGUGAUGUAUGAUGGUAUCAUGGCAUACGGUGGACCAUCCUUUCCCGGCAUGCUUGUCUGCAUCUACUUCAUCAUCCUCUUCAUCUGCGGAAACUAUAUCCUACUGAAUGUCUUCUUGGCCAUUGCUGUCGACAAUCUGGCAGACGCUGAGAGCUUGACAUCCGCCCAGAAAGAAGAGGAGGAGGAGAAGGAGAGGAAAAAACUGGCCAGGUUGGCCAGUCCGGAGAAGCGUCAUGACAACGAGAAGCCGCCUCUGGAGGAGGAGAAGAAGGAGAAGAUAGAGCUGAAGUCCAUCACUUCUGACGGAGAGACCAACACUGCUACUAAGAUAAAAAUGGAUGACUACUGUGGAGAUGAGAGUGAAGAGAAGAACCCAUACCCUGCCAAUGAUUACAUAGGAGACGAUGAUGACGAAGAGCCAGAGAUGCCAGUGGGCCCGAGGCCACGGCCUCUCUCCGACAUUCAGCUGAAGGAGAAAGCUAUUCCCAUGCCUGAGGCCCGCGCGUUCUUCGUCUUCAGCCACACCAACCAAUUCAGGGUUCUGUGCCAUAAGAUCGUCAACCACAACAUCUUCACAAACCUCAUCCUCUUCUUCAUCCUGCUCAGCAGCAUCAGUCUGGCAGCAGAGGACCCAGUCAAGAACGACUCCUUCAGAAACCAGAUCCUGGGCUAUGCAGACCAUGUCUUUACUGGACUCUUCACCAUAGAGAUCAUUCUUAAGAUGACAGCCUAUGGGGCCUUCCUCCAUAAAGGUUCAUUCUGUAGAAACUAUUUCAAUAUUCUGGACCUGGUGGUGGUCAGUGUGUCCCUCAUCUCCUCUGGAAUACAGUCCAGUGCAAUCAAUGUGGUGAAGAUCCUGAGAGUUCUGCGAGUGCUCAGACCACUGAGGGCCAUCAACAGAGCCAAAGGACUAAAGCACGUAGUGCAGUGCGUGUUUGUGGCCAUCAGGACCAUCGGCAACAUUGUCAUCGUCACCACGUUGCUCCAGUUCAUGUUCGCCUGUAUUGGAGUACAACUUUUUAAGGGCAAGUUCUUCUUCUGUACCGACAACUCUAAACAAACUGAGGCAGAGUGCAGGGGUUCCUUCAUCAUGUACAAGGAUGGUGAUGUGGGGAAGCCUGCAAGAGCCCCGAGAGUUUGGGAAAACAGUGACUUUAACUUUGACGAUGUCCUGCAAGGCAUGAUGGCUCUGUUCGCUGUGUCUACCUUUGAGGGCUGGCCAGGGUUACUGUACCGCGCCAUAGACUCUCACGCUGAGGACGUCGGGCCCGUCUACAACUACCGCGUGGUCAUCUCCAUCUUCUUCAUCAUCUACAUCAUCAUCAUUGCCUUCUUCAUGAUGAAUAUCUUCGUCGGUUUCGUCAUCGUCACAUUCCAGGAGCAAGGAGAGCAAGAAUAUAAGAACUGUGAGCUGGACAAGAACCAGCGUCAGUGUGUGGAGUAUGCUUUGAAGGCACGUCCGUUGCGUCGCUACAUCCCCAAGAACCCCUACCAGUACAAGGUGUGGUAUGUGGUCAACUCCACCUACUUUGAGUACCUGAUGUUCACACUCAUCCUUCUCAACACCAUCUGUCUGGCCAUGCAGCAUCAUGGACAGACCAAAGGUUUCAAUGAUGCCAUGAACAUCCUCAACAUGCUCUUCACUGGACUCUUCACUGUAGAGAUGAUCCUUAAACUGAUCGCCUUCAAACCCAGGGGGUACUUUAGUGAUCCCUGGAAUGUGUUUGAUUUCCUCAUCGUAAUUGGCAGCAUAAUAGACGUCAUUCUCAGUGAGAUCAACGGACUGCAGAACUCUGAAGAGAACGCCAGGAUCUCCAUCACCUUCUUCCGGCUGUUCCGCGUGAUGAGGCUGGUGAAGCUGCUGUCUCGCGGGGAAGGGAUUCGGACCCUGCUGUGGACCUUCAUCAAAUCCUUCCAAGCUCUGCCCUACGUAGCUCUGCUUAUUGUGAUGCUAUUCUUCAUAUACGCUGUCAUCGGCAUGCAGAUGUUUGGUAAGAUAGCGCUGCGGGACCACACGCAGAUCAACAGGAACAACAAUUUCCAGACGUUCCCUCAGGCAGUGCUGCUGCUGUUCAGAUGUGCAACAGGUGAGGCAUGGCAGGAGAUCAUGCUGGCGUGCUCGUCCCAUCGGCCGUGUGAGAAAGGAUCAACCAACGAGAACAACACAGGCAAUGAGGACUGCGGCAGCCAGUUUGCCAUCAUUUACUUUGUCAGCUUCUACAUGCUCUGUGCCUUUCUGAUCAUCAACUUGUUUGUGGCCGUCAUCAUGGACAACUUCGACUACCUGACACGUGAUUGGUCAAUCCUGGGGCCACAUCAUCUCGAUGAAUUCAAGAGGAUCUGGGCUGAAUAUGACCCAGAAGCUAAGGGGAGGAUAAAGCACCUGGAUGUGGUGACUCUGCUGCGGAGAAUCCAGCCUCCCCUCGGCUUUGGAAAGCUCUGUCCGCACAGGGUGGCGUGCAAGCGUCUGGUGUCGAUGAACAUGCCUCUGAACAGCGACGGAACAGUGAUGUUCAACGCCACGCUGUUUGCCCUGGUCAGAACCGCACUCAGGAUCAAGACAGAAGGUAACCUGGAGCAGGCCAAUGAGGAACUGAGGGCAAUAGUGAAGAAGAUCUGGAAGAGAACCAGCAUGAAGCUCUUGGAUCAAGUGGUGCCCCCUGCUGGAGAUGAUGAGGUAACGGUCGGGAAGUUCUACGCUACCUUCCUCAUCCAGGAAUAUUUCCGCAAGUUUAAGAAGAGGAAAGAACAAGGGCUGGUGGCCAAGGUGGCUCCCAAAACUGCCCUCUCUCUGCAGGCGGGCCUGCGGACACUGCAUGACAUCGGUCCAGAGAUUCGGAGGGCCAUCUCUGGAGACCUGACUGUGGAGGAGGAGCUGGAUAAAGGCCUGAAGGAGCCAGUGUCGGCUGCAUCCGAGGACGAUAUCUUCAGGCGUACGGGUGGGUUGUUCAGCAACCACGUCAACUACUACAACCAGAGCGAUGGCCGCAGUUCCUUCCCGCAGUCCUUCACCACCCAGCGUCCCUUGCACAUCAGCCAGAAGGGCUCCCCUUGCGAAGGAGAGAGCCCAUCCCACGAGAAGCUCAUGGACUCGACCACUUUCACCCCUUCCUCGUACUCCUCAUCAGGCUCCAACGCUAACAUCAACAAUGCCAACAACACGGGCAUGGUCGGGGUGGCGACCCAGGGCAUCAAUCGAUUCCCAAGCCCGUCCAUAAGCACUGUGGACGGGCACACAGGACAGCCGCUCACCCCCAUCCUGCUGCCAAGAUCCGCAUGGUGCUUUCCUCCAAAGAGCUCGGACUCAAGUGACAGCCGCUUGCCAAUCAUCCGAAGAGGCGAGGGGUCAACGGAGGAGACGUACGAUGAGAGCUAUGGCGACGACAGGGAGUACCAUGAGGACGACCACUCGCUCUCCUCUGACAUGCUGGUGUAUCAUGAUGAAACAUGUAAGCAGUUGGCUCCCAUGGAGGAAGGAGAGGACGUAGAAGAGAGAAGAGGAGGAGGGUGGCAGUCUCCGAGGAGAGUCUUCCUCUGCCCCACAACUCUGGGGAGGAGAUCGUCCUUCCAUCUGGAGUGUCUAAGGAGACAGUCAAGGCCAGACGUCUCCCAGAAGACGGCUGUACCGCUACACCUUGUACAUCAUCAGGCUCUGGCAGUUGCAGGGUUGAGUCCUCUGCUAAGAAGGAGUCACUCACCUACCCUCUUCAGCCGGCUGUGCUCCACGCCUCCGGCCAGUCCCACAGCCCUUGGCAGUGAUACCUCCUACCAGCGAGUGCCCUCUCUGAGGCUAGAGGGCUCCAACUCCCAUGAAAAGCUCAAUACCAGCUUGCCCUCUGUCAACUGUGGGCCUUGGUACAGCGACAGUAAUGGGAACAGCCGAGGGCCCAGUCCUAGCCCCACCCCCAGCGUUUCAGUGUCCAAUCAAAGACCACCACGGCCGGUGUCACUCACAGUGCCCUCGCUACUGGGAAAAGACUCCAGCUCACUGUGCCACGGCAGUGCAGGCAGUCUGGUGGAGGCGGUGCUAAUAUCAGAGGGGUUGGGUCAUUUCGCCCAGGACCCGUCGUUCAUCGAGGUGACCAAAGCCGAGUUGGCAGACGCAUGCGACAUGACCAUCGAGGAGAUGGAGCACGCUGCCAACAACAUUCUCAACGGCAACACCGCCACAAACGCCACAUCCAGCACCUCCUCCACCUCCCAGCACAGCCCCAACGGCAACCUCCUCCCCUUUCACACAGCAGCAGCAGCAGCAGCAGCAACGCACAGGGACCGUGUGGUCAGCGAGGGCGGGGAAGAGGCCGGGGGAAGCAGAGGCUCCAUCCACGGGCCGUCCUCGGUGGAGGAGCGGCAGGAGCUGCUAGCAGGGGGGAGGGGACAAGAGGAGGAGGAGGAGGAAGAGGCGGGAGAGAGGGAGGAGGUACACCACAGAAGCUCAGUUGUGAUUGGAGGAGCACGGCAGAGGAACAGCGGGCCGUUGGAGGAUGAGGAUAUGGAGUGUGUGACAAGUUUGUAGGAGUUGGAUUGACGGGUUCGAUCGGCCAACUGGCCCCUCUGACAUCAUCAGAGACUGACGCUUGUCAGUGCUGGGUAACGGCGCCACAGCUGGCUCUGUCUGUCCCCACCCCUCCCACGCACACACACACACACACACACACACUGUCUGCCUCUCUGCCAGACAUAACUGCUCUGGACAAUGGCGGCCAGUGACGCAACUUUAAACACCUGGUUAUGACUUUGUUGGUUUAUAUGAGUUUGUACGUGUGUGAAUGUUUGUAGUCAAGAAUACCACACUAUACUCUAUAAUAUCUGAGUGUAUGUAUGUGUGUGUGUGUGUGUGUGUGUGUGUGUGUGUGUGUGUGUGUGUGUGUGUGUGUGCGCGUGUGUGUGAUCUAUGAUUUUCUCUAUUUGUACGUGUACAUGAGUGCGUGUGUUCUCCACACGUGUCUGAGUGUGUCUCUAAAGUGCCUCACAGUUUUAUCAUGUCCUCAAAGCGUGAAGAGCAGAAAAGUAGAGACAAGCAAAAACAGUGAGGGGAAAGUAGGGAUGAAGGAAGGGUAGAGAGGAAACAACAGAGGCAGGAAGUCCUUUUAUGGACAUCCCGCAGUCUACAUAGUGUGUUUAUCGUUUUCAUUUCCUAUGCCUACUUUGGUGUUGUUAUUGUUGUUUGUCUGGCCGCCAUAAAGCCAGGUAGGGGACAGCAGACCAGCUUGUGGAGGGGAGGGGUCAGUUAAGGAUUCAAAUCUGACCGCACCCACUUGUGGUCAAAGGUCAACUCCUCCUUCUCGGUUCACUGAUGAUGAAGCGCUGUAUUGAGUAAACGGGGGCGAGGAAAACCCUGUUUGAAAUCUCAUUUCUCUUCCUCUUCCAAAGCUAAAGGAACCUUGGAGCACAGCCCUGCCAGCCUGGGGGUGGCAUUAAGGUGACACACCACCCCCAGCCAAAGGGGGGGGAAGGAUUUGAGGGAUGGACAAACAGCCACAACAGGGCUUCUGUAGGGGGCCACGGGCAGAGAGAGACACUCUCUGGCCAACAGGAAGCUAGCCAGCUCUUUUAUCCGCUGGUCGAUAAGACGCCAGCGAGAGACAAACUCACCUCGUUCGUCACCUUGAUCUGGCUUCGCCUCCUCCGCCGCUUUUCCUCGUUUGGCCACACCCACUUCCUGCCCCAAACAGGAAAUGGGAGGAGCAUUUGGUGGCUAAGCAGAGACAGCGAGCCCCCUUUUCUGCCUCAUACCUCGCCGUUCCUCACUCCUCCCUCUCUCCUUCCUCCCUCCUCUUUGGUUAUUCCACCGCCCCUCUCCCUCCAUCGCUGGGUUUUUGCUUUUUCAGCCCUCGGGAGGCGAGUGUGUCGAACAGGGCAACAGAGGUGGAGGGUGGAGGAGCGGACGGGAGUGACCCGAUUGAAAAGAAAACAGACUCUGGGCAUGGAUCUACAGAGGAUCUGUCCGUCAAUCAACCUCACUUCCUCCUCCGAGACCCUCCUCUUCCUCUCAGCGUGGAAUCCUGUUGGAUUUGCUGCCACACACACUCUCUCUACAGACCACGCCCACUAUGUAUUUAACAGUUCAAUAUUGUGCAAAACUGGCUAGCCAUGACUAUUUUGUUUUAUAUUCAUGAUGUUAUUGGUUUAAUUUAUCCUUGAUUUGUUUGCACAAUCGGGGUGCUGGUCUUAUAAAUGUAUUUUUGCUCGGUUUAUUUUAGGAGAAUUUUAAGAGGUUUUAAGUAUCGAAGCAGGGCGUAGUGUUUGCGUGCGAGUGUAUAAACUAUAUUUGUGCGUGCGGGUGUGUGUCUGCGUUUUAGUACAGGAUGUGUGUACGUACGAAUGUGUGAGAUAGCGUGUGUAUCUAAAAGGGGGGUCUUUCUCUCUAUCAGUAUGCACCUUUUACAGAUUGUAUCUAUUUAUUUAUUUAUUUUUCCCAGAAGAGAAAAAAAUGUGUGCGAGGAUGUGCGUUUGUAUGCGUGCCUGUGUCCGAGUGGUUAGUUAUGUAUUCUAAAAAGCUGAUUUUAAGCCUAGACAGUAAAUUAAGGUAGCAUUACAAGUAUGGUAUUGUGUGUGUGCGAGAAUGUGUGUGAGGGUGUGUGUGAGGAUGUGAGUGUGUGUGUGAUAAUGGGCCUCCUUAACACAGGGUUACCAUGGACAGGCAUGCUUCCAAAGCUUUGUGAUUUCUUUAGCACGGUUUUUACUUUUUAGCCAAGCUGCAGAGUCAGAAGCCACUCUAUCUUUGAAAUUUAGUCAUUGCAUAACUUUCCUUUAUUUCUGUUUAGAGGUAAUUAGGUGUAAGGUCUCCAGCGAGGUCAGAGUGACGGUUCAGUUUACAGUGGUGAUGAGUUUCGGCGUUGCAGCUUGGCCAGAAGGGAACAAGCCUUUUGGCAAAUUGCUGCUUUUCUUCUUUACGGUGGAUGGUCGCUCUGAAUGGUAGAAGCACCAAAUUCACACUGCCACAGUGACGCCUCAUGAAUGAACUGGGGGUGGGGGAGGGGUGACACCCUGAUCGCUUGGCUGUAACGCACCAUAAUCACAUGAUUUCCUCAUUUAAUCAUAGUUUAAACUCCAAAUGAACUAUUAGGGCUGGUGUACAGAUGCUGCAAGACUUCUGAAUCACAUCUCUUUGUCUGAGGUCUGCUCAUAUCACGAAACAUUAUGAUUUAAUGUCAUUGUUAGAAAUAAAACAGCUCCCUGUCUGUAAUAUGAUUUACUGUUAAAUCUAAUUAUACUACAGACAGGCGAUUUACUGUUAACUGAUAAGAUGUGAUAAUUGUUUGGUUAAGUAAUUGGAUGCAGAUCAGAGACCUGUCAGCUCGAGGAUCCCCUGGUGUUAUUUCUGUCUUUUCAUUUUCUUCUAAUGGCUUUUAGGUAGCAUGCUGAGUACUUUUUACUGAACUUUCUCUAUGAUAGUUUGUUUCUCUAUUAGAGUUUGGAUUCACUUGAGAUAAAGGUAUGACCACAGGACCUCAGGCCUCGGUACACCACACAGGGCACAGGUCUCACCUCGGUAUUGUAUCUUCUCUAGAAGAACAUUCCCCAUGUCAGUAUCACAUCCUUGGUACCAGUUGUCACAUUUAUUACAAAAACUUUAUCGUAUUCAAGACUGACAUGAUUCAACUCUCUAAAAUGUUAUGUAACAGGUUAUGAUAGCCCCUGAAAUUUGCCACCACAGUCUGGAUGCAAAGACAGCUGGACACUAGGCAGGUGUGUCAGAACAUACUCUCACUACCAACUCAUCAGAUACCGACGCCUUGUCAGUGGACCUACACGUCAAACUAUAAGGUACCACUUCAUCGUCAGUUUUUUUGACAUUCAGGGACGGUUUAUCGAUCUAUGCUCGAACCUGCAUUGUGUCUUUGCGAAAUAAACAAAUGUUUUCACAGGAAAUACACACUUUCUCCUCAUUAAAUGCAUACAGUCUUUUGUCAAAAUAAUAAUAAUAAUUUAGAACGUAGGUAAUAAAACAACAAAAGCACAUGGUUAGAUUUAGAAAAAAACAUAAUGGUUUGGCUUGAAACUGCUGCGCAUAAAAUUACUCGCAUGAUCGGCACUGCAUGCGCAUCUUUGGGCCCUUAGAGCCGGCUGCCUCCAUUUAAAGCUCUGCUAACUUGAAUGGGGAUAAAAUGAUUAAAUCCUGAGGCUCCCCUAGAGUUCCCAAAUGUUAUCAGACUGAAUUGAUCAAAUUCUGAUACUGAAACGAGUUAUUUCGUAGGGUUAUGACACUCGAAAAAAUGUCUUUUUCGCCAUGUAAGUCCAUGGGAAAAAGUGUUUUUGUGCCAUGUAGCGUCAAAGCAAACACAAUUACGUUGUUUGGCCACUAUGAAAACUGGCUCCAAAGCCUAGAUCUCUUCUAAGGGACCUAAUAUCACGUGUGCUUGUGUGCUUAACAUACUAGCACACAACGUUAUUAAAAUAGCUCGACUGUUGGUUUCACACAGGACACGAACAGCAGCCUCCUGGGUGUAAGUUUGGAGUAUGUUUGACCCAUCCAAGGCAGGUGUUCAUAGUGUUUCAAACCCUCGCUAAAGGGUGCCCCAGUGCGUCGAUAUCAGACGUCGAGGGCCACUGACCAAAUGUCGGUAUUUGACAAGUUGGGAGAGAGACUGCAGAUACACAUCACAUGACAGUGGAUCUAGUCAAAACCGCAGAAAGAAAUUUUCUAACAAAGUUAAUUAUAUGUUUGAGUUUGAGCACUAAACACUUUCAAACUUAAACUCUCUUAUUAUAUCUACAGAAAAUCCAAAUAUGUUGCAAUGGAUUUUUUUUUCCUCUGAAAAUCUCACAUUAAAUUCCCACCCAGAGACACUAUCGCAUGUCAACUUAUAGCCAUUAGUUUCCACUUUAAUUUACCAUUAAGGACUAACUGCUGAGCUCUCAUUGCUACAUGUUAAGCAGAGCAGGUUUGUGGCAGGGAAGGGUAUGCAUGAACACACUGCCAUACACUGCAUCCUGUGCCAGUAACAGACUUCUGACAUUAUUAUGCAAACUAAAUGUGAAUGUUGAACGUGUUUUUAGUGGCAGUGCUGCUGUUGUUUUGUGGUUAUGAUCAUACUGCAAACCCCGAAGAAGUCUGUGUUGUCAAAGGAAUACCCUUCCUGACAUUUAGUUUGUUGUUUUAUUCUUUUUCUUUUUUACUUUAGCCUCAUAAACAUCUUCAGCAUUUCUUUUCUUUCUUUCUUUCUUUCUUUCUUUCUUUCUUUCUUUCUCUUUCAGUUAUUCUAAAAGCACCUCAUUAAAAAAGUAUUGACUUGGUACCAUAAGCUAACAGACUACUUUGCGGCUAGUGGCUCACAUCAGUUUCAGUAUAAGCUGCCUUUUUAAGGUCAGACUUUAAGUCUAAAAGUGAGGAAAGCAGAUUUCAGUAUGGUCAAGCAUGUUAAUGUGUGUGUAGGGAAGCAUCUGGGCUCGGUGUUUUAACCUUAAAGUCAGCACAGUCUCACUUUGUGCUUCUGUUUUUGUUUCCUCUCUUUGUUGAAUCAGCCCUGGUAAAGUGAUUUAACCCUGAAUUCAAAAUUUAUGCCAAUUUACUUCAGAAAUAUAACAUCUAUUAGGUCUGAAUCCUCAAUAAUAAAUGAAACCAGGUGGCACCUGAAUUAUGAAGUAGUAGUGUUUGUAUCCAAGCUGCUACAGAGAAGCCAGCAAGAAUUUAUCAGCCAUUAUCGCAGCAGCUGUGAAUGUCACUCUCUCAAGGCAGUUUUGAUAAGACACCAUUUGAUGAAUGACAAUAGUUACUUUAAUGAAUUAAUGAACUAUCCAACACAGAAGCGUUCUCAGACUGGCCAAGUUAAAAAUAGGAUGGGAAGAUUUCCACAAUCAAUUAUCACAGCCUUAAAUGUACAGUUCACCCCAAAACCUGCAUAUACACUUAUUUGUGCUCUUUGCCUGUAGAGCUAUUUAUCAGUCCAGAUUGUUUUGGUGUGAGUUGCCGAGUGUUGGAGAUGUUGGCUGUAGAGAUGCCUUCUCUCAAGUAUAAUAGAAGUAGAUGGAAAUCGGCUUGUGGUGCUCAAGGCACCAAAGAAAAAAAUUGGAAAGCUGAACAAAUGUCUCUUUCCAAAUAUCAGGACCCCGUUACUCAAGAUAAUCCACAGACCUUGUCGUGAGCAGUUUCAUGUAGGAGCUAUUUUCGCUCUACUGAACUACGCCAGUAUCACUGCUAGCUCACAUAGCAUCACUGAGCUAGCUAGUGUUACAGCUCAGCUGAGGAGGACGCCAUCUCGUCUGUGAGUAGAUGUACGCUUCCUUCUGUGCAGUGAUACAGUUGGUGGGUGUAGUUUGGUAGAACGAAAAUAGUUCCUAGUCCUAGUUUUAUUUGAGAGAAGGCAGACAUCUCUAUGGUCAAUAUCGCCAACACUCUUCAACCCUAGAUUGAAAAACAGCGCCGCAGGUUAGAGUAAAAAUGUGUUUUUGAUUUGGGGUGAACUGCCCCUUUAAGGUGAAUGCUCAAACGUCACAUUCGUAAAUGUUCAGUAUCACCUCCAACUUUGAGGAUAAAAGAACAUACACCACCAGAAACUACAUUCAGUUCAAAUCCUUUCCUUUGUGCUCCUAAUAAUGUCCACUCAUAGACACACAUACCCAUUUGGAGUAACCCUGCAUAUCAGAAGUGCCCAAGCAGGCUUUGUUGUGUCUGUGUAAAAGCUCUUUGGUUUCUAAUGCUGGUGAGAGUGAUCCAGAGGCCUGUGGUGCCCCCGUGUGGAGAGGAGCAGCAUUGCAGUUUUUAUGUUACAUAUAGGUUAGCAUGAACUAUGAGUUGUUGUGUUGCAGUAUAUAGUAUGAGUGGGUGUAAUCCUGCAUCCCACAAGAUAUGCAAAAACAAUGCAAUAACUAUGACUGUAUACAAGGUUCCCGAAGUAAAUAUACUUGUGAAAGUGAAAAAAAAAAAAAUCAUGACGAUGUAUUUUUUUUUCUGUUUGUUACAUUUUUAAGUAAACUCAGUGGUUUCCAUGCCAGAGAAACCUAACAUACUUGAAAUCAGGUACAUUGCAGUGCAGUAUAGUAAAGACAUAUUUAUUUAUCUCUCUCGUGCCAUGGUGUUGGAUCUGCAUCUGCAGUUUGAAAUGUGUACUGAGACAUCGACAUGAAGUUGGUGUUUUUGCUCGCGCUUUAACAUCCAGCCAGUGUAGCCCCAGAGUGAAAAGCUGAUUGUUUAUUUUGAUGACUCAGCACCAAAAACGACUAACUUCACCUCCUUGACUCAAUAUGUGUUUGACUGCUUCCCUUUCUCGUGUUUAUUUCUGGUUAAAUGGAUCGAGCUACAUGGGUGUACCAUCAGUAUUGCAUGAGGUUCACAUGUUGACAUUGAACGUGCCAGGUUUUGCAGUCGUUUUGUUUUGAUCAGGUUAAGUAUCAUAUCACAUUAUGACAGAGUAGCUAUUUCUAUUCACUGUACAUAUGAUUGAAGUCAGUAUUUUGCCGAGGAGAGUUUGGAAGGUGAUUUUGCAUAUCUUGUGUCUUAUGGGCUCUUAGUUCAUUUCUGAAUAUUAACCCUGAGAAGCUCAUGUUUAUGUGAUUGUCGAAGGUUGAGAGAAAAGGCGGACGACAGUAUUCGUUCUCCCCAGUCUUUGCCUAUGUGUUGCCAUUUCAGCUUCUAUCUUUUCCUCCUCUGACAUGUGGAAGGUGGACCAGUGAGAAAAAUGUGUAUGAAAUGGACCAAAUUACUCAUAAUUAGGAUUUUUUUAGACAACAGAUAUUGGUGGAUUGAAAGUAAGGCUCAGGACAGAAAAACAGACAGGCCACAGCUGCAUAGCGCACACACACUUGGUUGGUUUCUUGCUAUAUUCAAGCACAAAGUGAACAAUAAACAUGAAAACAUCAACUUAAAAUCCACAGGUUAAACUGAAGCUGUGUUCCAAUUCUGUACCAUACACUCACUCUAGGUAGGGGUGUUAGAAUAUACACUCGAGUAUCGUGAUGGUAUGUUUUCUAAUACUGUAUCACUUACCCGACUGCUAGAUGACAGUGUUGUAAUCUGUCCUCAGCCGUUUGACUCUUACAUCACUAGCAUGUUACAGGGACUGUGAUAAAUACAAAUGCAGAUCCCGCUGCCUUGAUGCCAGUACACAGCCCUUAUUCUGAGCAGGUUGUAUUCAGCGUGUUCAAAAGGACAAAAUUAAAAGUGCUAUUGAGAACAUUAGCCACUAGAUGUCACACCCCCCCUGCCUAUUUCCAUUAUAUUCACGUCACCACACCGCUGUUCCUCAAAGCACAAGUGGUUGCCAGUUUGUUGCAUACUUCAUGGUCAAGUAGACAGUCUGUCAAAUGCUGAAUAUUUAAUGGUAGAAUAAGUGAUUCAUUUUGCAAUAUGUAGCCACACAUCAGCUAUAGACUUAGGUUACUUUGUGAGGUGGUGUAUCAAGGUUCAUCUAUGGCAAUCUAGGUAAUGGUUAGCAUUAGCUAGCUUUAGGUACCACUGUGCCAUGACAACAAAGUUCCACCCUUAUUCGUUUUCUGUCUCAUCAUAUAUGGUAGCGAGAGGAAAAUACUUUAUAGGCUACAUUCCUUUUCUUUUUCAACCCUGAUUUAUAGUACUGAUGUUCUAAUGACCUGCCCUGCUCUUUCCCUCUCUCUGUUUAUCAUGAGACCCCCGCUGUCCCUCUGCCAAUGCCUUCACUAGAAGACUACUGCCGUAGGAGUGUGAGCUCAGCACCAGGAUAGGUAGGGAGUGUCCACCUGCACACACAGUAACAGGGCUAAGUGUUAGCAUUACACAGCUAAUGUUACCAAAGAGUUAUUAACAGUUUUAACCACAGAGUCAAGCCAUUUUGGUGUCGGUGUGAGUUUAAUAGAACUUUUUAAUGGUUAGGUGUUGGUUGUUAACCAGGCGGAUGUUGAACCAUGAGGAUUCUUAAUCGCUGAUGUCACCUAGAUACCACAUGAUACCAACGUCAUUAUACUAUUGGCUCACAAGUAGUGUAAGAGGCAGUAACUAAGCGUUAGAUACCUUACACGGAGGUAAACAAAACACUCUUUUUGGACCCGACAAAAUUAAACUUUUUAAAAUGAUUAAUUCACAAUCAUAAUUUUUUUUUUUGGGAAAAGCAAUGUAUUCUUUUUUAUUAUUAUUAUUAUCCACAUAAAAAUGUUACCAAUAAAACCCACAAGAUUAAAAGAAGAAAGGUAGAGAUUCAUGCACAGUUUAAGUCUCAAGUAUGGAUCCAGCUCCAAAUGUGCUGGAUACUACAUCUCCCAUAAUUCCUUUUACACAUUUCCCACAUCCUUUUGAACCCCAUGCCCUCAAAAAUAGGGUCCCCAAAAGCUGUCAGAAUACAAAUGAUCAUGAAAAUUUGAAGAGACUGUUUAACUGGCAUUAGACGGCUUAGCAUUAAAUAGUUUAGCAUGUUGAUUCCUUGUAUAUCAACUGCAAAAACAUACAUUAUAAAUAUUGGUAUAUAGUCAUGUUGUACACAAGUAAGUGUCUGUUAUGGAACUGGAACACAGCACGGGUGUGUUUUUUGUCCGCCCUGCCACUAACAGUCCUUUUUAACAGCUGACAUUUAGUGUAAUUAACAGAAACAGCACAGGUGCAACCAAUAACCUUAAUCAUGGCUUGUUCCCAUUUUGUUGUGCCAGUAAACCAGCAUGCAUCAAACCACAGCUGUGAAACUGGAUCCACUAAAUGGAAUGUAGCCGUUAUUAAUGAUAUUAGCCAUACCUGUGUUUUGUACGUCUGUUGUGUGUGUUUAUGUAGCUGUGGUCUGUGGCUCACUGUAGAUAGUUAGUAGCCAGUGUAUCAGGCUGAUGAACUGCAGCUGUGUCUGCAGCUAGUUAAACUGAAACCACACCCCUCUGCUGUAGAGGGUGCAGCUCAAAUUCAAGUAAUUUCCUCAAGUGGAAGAGAGAGUAAAGGCCUGGUAGAUGGAUGACAAUCUGUUGAUGACAAUAGGAAGCAGUGGGUGUUUGGAUGGAGAGUAUUUGGGGGGAUUGUUGAGGGUUUUUUCAUCAUGUCUGAAUUUCAGGGUGAUCUAAGUUCUCACAUGGUGAAUUAUAUAUCCAAGUAAUGUUUUAUGUGCAUGGGUUUCUCUCUCUAGGAAUAUUAAGUAUUGGUCCUUUGUGAAUGAUAAUAUCUUUUAUCUCACCACUAGCCAAUGAUUGUAUAUUUUUAUACACCAUUUACCAUAUUAUAGCAAGAAAUAUAUGAAUAUAUAUUAUAUUUAAUCACCAGAAUGUUAGAGUAAGGAACAGGAAGGACACUUAUUUGGAGAUGUAGCUAUGAAGAUGUGUUAUAUAAGCCUGCUGACUGAGGAUCAGUAAGAAUUUAUUGAACAAAGUCCUUCUAUAGCGACUGUGUUUUUGACCAAAAGGAACCAACAGGGAAUGAUGUUGUAUUUACUGAAGAUGAAACAUUUUACGUUUCAGCUGAUGGCAUACACACGAUGGGCUUUUAGGUUGCUUCACACAGGCUUGGAUGAUUCCCAGACUAUGUGGCGUUUUAGUCUGAACAAAUAUGGCCUCAUUUAAAGGUCCAGUGUGUAGGAUUUAGGGGGAUUUAUUAGCAGAAAUGGAAUAUGAUAUAAGAAGUAUGUUUUCUUGAGUGUGUAUUCGCCUGGAAAUAAGAAUCUGCGUGUUUUAAACCUUAGAAUUAGCCGCUUUUCAUCUACAAAGAGGGUGUUUCUCAAAGUCAAGGAAGGAUCCUGCAGAGGCAAAGCAAGAGUCCUCCCUAGCAUUCAGUGAACAUACAUCGGAACAGGCUAACGAGGGUCCCCAGGUGGACGUCAUUAACCCCCAGCAGACUGAGGGGGUUUGGGGGGAGAUGGACACUUGGUGGUUCAUCUCUGUUGGAAAUUUUUAAUUUAAAAACAUUUUUAUAGUAUCUAAAUCACGUUAUUCCAAAAAUCUCAUUAUUCAGCAGUGGACACGUUGGAAAGUGUAAAUUAUGAGGUUUCUGUCAGUAUUUUUUUUCACGCUUGUAUGAUAAAAACUGGAGAUAUUAAUCCAAAUAAAUGGCAUAUUAAUCUAAAUCCUGCUGUGCUCCACUGCCGCAGGUUUCAUUGAAGGGGCACCGCCUUCACUUCCAGUAAAUCGUGUGCAAAGCAUUAUGGGGAUUUUAUACCCGCAGAGGAUACACACACGCAUCCUUGGAAUUUCUCUGAAAGAAGGACUCGGUGAAAUUCGGAAGGAACCUUGACAUUGGAGCAGUCCUUCAGCGCGGGUCGAUGAUGUCGCCCUCUUGAAAUUCGUCCGUUUUAGGAUCCUUCCUUGACUUUGAGAAACACCCCAUGUCCCAGACAUCAUUGACCAGCCUUUGUCGUCGUCCAUGUUGUCUGCCAUGUUGCCCCACCAAGCUUCUACAGUAGCCCAGAACGGACAAACCAAACACUGGCUCCAGAUUGGGCUAAUCGUGUUUUUACGUUGGCUACCAUGGUUAGCAGCCAGCUGCGAUGAGCAACGUCGGAAAAAAGCUGAUUUUCUUAAGGUGAAACUGCUUUGUUCUGUGUGGUUACUGGUUUUAAUCACCUGGUUCGUUGGUUUUGGAGAGGAAGAGACCUCUGCGGAGAAGUCACCUUCCAAUAAAAACCUACUGAACAAUGAAGGAAUCCUAACUGGGAGUUCUCACUUGGCCCUCGGGAGAAGUUUCAGCUGGUUGCGAUGUCCAAUCCUUACUGCUAGAUGCUACUAAUUCCUACACACUGCUCCUUUAAAUAUCAUUAGCUGCAAAACACAAACAGCCAAAUGACAUAAUUAACUACAGCCACAUUUACUGGAAAUCUACCCAUUACCAGCGAUGUGACUCCAGAAGUAGGAGGCUCUUUGUUCAGCUUUUAAAGACACUAGGGUUCAGAGAUAAACGCCAAAUUUCACAAUUUGACUUUAAACAUUUGAGCAACAGAGAGCUCUGAAACAUGGCAUGUGUUUGCUUUGCUUCGUCUAUGUUUCGUGAAGUUAGCAGAGAGACAUUAACAUACCAGCAACCUGUCAGCGCAGGUCAACGUCUGGACAUUAUCCUACUGUAGCACCGAGAGACCUGUCUCGCUUUCACUAGUCCUACAUCAGCGACACACACGUAUAUACUGUACACUUUUUCAGAUGCAUUAUCAAAGACAUCAAACCAAAAAACUCCACCUGUCAAGGACUAGAUCUCUCUACGCUUUGAGCCGUGAAAAUCAUGUAGCUUCUAUUUUUUUCUCUUUCAGGAAAGGAAGUAGAGGACUUGAACUGCGUCUGUGUAGAGAAACUCUCAUUGAAUGCAGGGAGGGGAGUGAAGCAGUUAAGUGACUGACCAACUAAGUCAUUUUGUGUUCAUGCAGCAAUGUAAAAAGGAGAAAAUAUAAACUUUUGGGGGGGGGGCAGAUUUGAUCUAAAAAUGUCGAAUUUAUAUUCUGCAUCUUGACAGUAAGGGCGAUGAACUAUUUUGUGUCUGUGUGGACGACCGAAAACAUUUCAAGCUGCUCAGUAUUAAGAAAAGAUGUCAUCCAACAUGCUUUAACAGAAAUAGUAUUUUACACACCAUUUAAAAAGUAUUAGAGUCGUGUGUUUAUCUUUAACUAUACACAUAUAUGUGUUACUUAUCGAUUUAUCAGAGAGUGGGGCUGUUAUACUUCCUGUCUCGGGCACUCAGAUCUCCUCAUGUGGACGUUAUAUUUUCUUGUAACCCGAAGUGGUUGUCGAUCAUUGUUUGAUCCUGAUGACAAAUAUUUUAAGAGGACUAUUUUGAAUAUAGAUUUUAUUUUCCUUUUUUUAUAGGUAAAAAGCAUAGCCUGUUGUAGUAGGAAUUACAUCUGAUUAAAACAUGAAUUCCCUUUUCUGGAGAAACAAGAGAGGAUCGUCUCUUUGUUUUUCUCUUGUACAGAAUUUAUUUCGACAUCAACGCCGAUGGACGCUUUGGGAAAAGGAACAGGAAGCAAAAGAGGGAAUAUAUUAUACAUUAUAAGUACAAGUUUAUAUUUCAAGUGUCUUCUAUUUUAGAUAUAUAUAGAAAAAUUAUAUCUAAAUUAUAUGAUAUUAAUUGAUAGUUUGGAGUCGGACUUUGCUGAGGGUCAAAACAAAUUUCUUCGAGGGAAAAUGCCCACAUCAGGUUUGGGAGGUGCCAUAUUGUUAUACGCGUGCUAGCGUUUUCUAUAUGGGACCCAGAGGGCAAACGUUUAAUGGUUUCGCCCUCAGAUGAAUGUUUCCAUUAGCUUUACAAAUCAUUAUCGAUAAGUUUCCUUUUUGUGAUAGUUAGCAUUUGUCUGUGUGUUGCCAGUGCAGAAGCAGGGUUUUAAACUCAGUCAUGAAACUCCUGGAAAAGUUAGGAAACUACAAAAAAAUGUUGUCCAGGCUUGGAAAAGUUUGAAUAUACAUUAUAUAAAAAAUCUGAAAAACAUGUCCAACAUAAUGCAAAAUACAUCCUCCAUAUUGCUAUCAUUGAAACGUCACUAGCAUCACCUAAUUGGCGUAUGCAGCUAGUUGGCAGCAGGAGCUAGUAAAGUUAGCAAGCCUUAGCAGUGUGCUUAUCCACAAAUGCCUGGGAAGUACGUUUAUAAUAAUGUACAGCUUUCAAAUGACAAAUAUAAGACAUGACCUCAGAGAGAGGUGGACCGUAGCUGCGCUGGAUGUGGGCUCUGCACCAAAACGUUUGAUGUUGGCAACAUGGGGGUAGUGUCUCUGGUCAGCCAUGCUAAAGGGAUAGAGCAUCAAGACAACCAGCAGGCUGCUUAACAGACGAAUAAUUCGUAAGUCGUAGCUAGGCCAGAUAAUGUUAUCGCUUUGUGUCUACUAUGUGUUGACAUAAAGAUGUUCCAUACCAUAUUCCACACUACAUUUUUGCUAAAAUACAUGUCUUUUUACUGGAGUAAGACAGACGUUUAUGCCCCCUGAUAAACACUAGGCCUAAUGUUACCUCUUUAAAAAUUAGUUAAAUAAAGUCACGGAAACUGGGUAAAAUAUUAUGAAAAGGUUUUGGAAAAUAUUUUAAUUCAUUGUUAAAAAUGUGUGUAAAACCCUUUGAACAGAGGUCAUCCAAUACGAUUACAAAACUUUUAGACUUUAGACUCCUGAAGAAUUAAUUGUGAAUCUUGAUCAAUUAUUUAAAACUUAGACAUCAGGCUGGGAAAUUAUCUUUAAAAGUAAAAUUUAAAUGCAAAAUUGAAUUAAUAAGACAUAAUAGUAUGGAUUUUGGAGGCAAAUUUAAUCCAGUGUUGAAACCAUGGAUAUAUAAAAGAGAUCUGGAUACAGCGUUGAAGGUAGGGCCCAGCUCAUUCCUGUGAAAGCUGCUCAGUGGUGCAUGAAGCCAAAAAAAUUGGACUUUCUGGGUGUAAAAUUACCCAGACCUCCAGCAUCAUUGGGCCCAUAGUGCAGACGAGACUUUCGAAAGCAAAGUGACUAAUUUCCAGUUUAGCCCUCUGCUGACUUGAAUGGAGAUGAAUUUUUUUUAAUCAUGCGGCUCUUCUAGACUUGCCAAAUGUUAUCGGACUGAAUGGAUCAGAUUCCACGAGUGAAACAAGUCUUGCGGGAGUGCACAAAUACAAUGUAAUCUAAUGUAAGUCUAUGGGAAAAUGUCUUGAGCCCAAUGGCAUCACAUGACGGACCCAGAGGUUGUAAUUCCACAUCAGUCCACUACAAAAAUUGGCUUAAGGGCCUGCGCACUUCCUGGGGGCCUGGUUAAAACCUUGAUCAAUACUGAAGGAAUCUCUGCAUAUUGUCCUGCACUGGCUCAUACUGUAGUAACACUUAUAGAUGCAUGUAAAGUCCUCAGCUAUCAGUCUCGGGAAAAUUUGAUUUGUUCCCUCGAGGUGAUGGUGAGGAACAAAAAUAUGAUUUACUUACUACCCUCUUCCUUUUUGUCCUGGGCUGUUGAGCCCUGAAAUGAACCAAAUAGAUGAUAUUUGCUUGCCUAAUAGAUUUAGAAAUGACAUAAAUGAUAGUUAGAUAGCACUCACACACUGUGUAGCAGCACCUACAGCAGCACCCCAUGUGAACUUCUAGGACUGUUAGUAUUGUACGGACCUUGAAAGCCUCAUGUUUAUCGCUCAUUCCUUCUCUUAUUGUUACUCAGACACUUAAAUAAAUCAUAAAGGAGAUCCCUGUUUGCACAUGUUAGAGUAUCUGACACAGAGGUCGCUCUUUGUGUUUCACUUUUAUGGAGAGCGCUGCACUCACAAGCCUGUUGAUCGAGGAGAGGAGUUCUCUGUACCAGCUCGUGUUUCUUCAGGAUAUUACUCCAGCUCUAGAGGCGUGGCAGCAGCUUCGCGAUGCAGACUUCCUGUCGUAAAGUAGAACGUCUGUGCCUCCCUGCAUCUGCUACUUCUCCCUGAUUUUACUGAUAAGAGCUACUUGCACCACGAAUGAUUUCAUCCCUUGAAUGUAGGACACAGUGGUGUUCUUGCACAUCUGGAAAAUCCACAUUAAGUAUUUGAGAGUUACACAAAAGGCUUAUGUUUGUUUCUUUUGUUGGCAGCCCUCAGUGGAAGAAAAUAGCAGCUAUCAGUUUUGACCACCGCAGACUUAGAAAAUCUGAUUUUAACUCUCUGUCGACACUCGGAUCUUUAUAAACUUUAAUCCCAAGUGUCUUCCUAAGUAAGCCACAUUUGCCCACAAAGAGUUAAACAGGUCUUGUGUGCCUGUGUGUGUAUAUGCAGCGAUGUCAUGUACAUUAUCAGUGUUUUCUUCCGUGAGUUAGUUCUUGCUGGUGUGGGACGCCUCUUUAACAGCAUGCAGGCGUCGACUGAAUUUUUUGUUACCCAGGCAGGGUGAUCCUGGCCUUUCGCCAGCGUGAUGAUUCAGUGGCAGGGGACCCACAGCUCCAUAUACAGUAGUGUUCAAUGAAGGCUUUUCUGUUCCUUAUUUACUGGGUAAAUGCCAUGGCUAUGUGGCUCUGUUCUCCACUGGUCAGUAGUGUCUUACGAUCUUGUCCGUAGUCUUAGUUCACUACUCAUGCAAAGUGUUAAAGGGCCUUUGACAGGAUUGAGCUGUUUGUUUGUUUCUGUUCCUUUCUGUCUGAGAGAGAAGUCUGUUAUUAUUUUUGAGAGAGGUGUUCACACAGAGACCAAUUUGUUGUAAUAUUAGUAGUGACGCUACUGUUAAAUGUAGUAUUUAAUAACAGCACUGUUUAUGGUCAAAAAAAAAGAACUAGAGUGUGUUAUUGUACUUGCGGUAGCUUUGGAGGCAGGUGGUCAUUUUGUAACUGUUCUUUAACAUAAGCCACUCCCCCCCCUCCACUGCGAGGGAUUCCAUUGGUUCUGAGGUUGCUAGGUGACACUGGCCCAACAUCAUUUGGUUUCCUCAGUUACCAUUUGUCUCCUCGGUGACGACUGCAUGGUCUCACAGUUGACACUCCCUUUUUCUUUCUUCUUCUUCUUCUUCUUCUGCUUCUCUUUCUUUUUUCUAAAGGAGAGGUUUUUUUUGUUUGUUUUGGUUCAUUCACUUCAUUUUACAUUUUAGAAAGGGAAAGAAUACAAAUGAAAUAAAUCAGAAUAUUAAUUCAAUCACUUUUUCUACUCCUAUUUUCAAUAAAAAGUGAAACGAAAAAAAACAAACAAAAAGUUGAUUUGUAAAUAAGUAAUGUACAGUUUGUAUCUGUAACUUGUCAGUCUGUCAUUGGUGACAGAGUCUGUCUUGCUUAUAACGCACGCUACCAGUAAAUAAAAAAAGGAAAAAGUAUAUUUAGACUGUAUGGUCCCUUGAAAGCAAGUUUUAAAUUAAUAUCUGAUGUAUAUUCCUGUAACAUUGCAUUUUUAUCUGAGGAAUGAUGUUAUUAAAAAAUUGCAAAUAAAUUGCA